UAUGUGUAUGUGUUUGGCAGGUAAAAGGAAAGCAAGCCAGGAUGGACAUUUACGACACUCAGACCUUGGGGGUUAUGGUUUUUGGUGGAUUCAUGGUUGUUUCCGCCAUUGGCAUCUUCCUGGUGUCAACCUUCUCCAUGAAGGAGACAUCAUACGAAGAAGCUCUAGCCAACCAGCGUAGGGAGAUGGCGAAAACUCACCACCAGAAAGUGGAGAAGAAAAAGAAGGAGAAAACAGUGGAGAAGAAAGGAAAGACCAAGAAAAAGGAAGAGAAGCUCAACGGGAAAAUACCUGACCAUGAGCCAGCCCCUAACAUGACCAUACUCAUCAAAGACCCAGUGCGGACACCUGCAGUGGCAGUGGCUCCAACCCCAGUCCAGUCCUCUGUGGUCGUUGCUCCUAUAGCCACAGUACCAGCCAUGCCCCAAGAGAAGCUGGUCUCCUCCCCUAAGGACAAAAAGAAGAAGGAGAAAAAAGUAGCAAAGGUGGAACCAGCAGUCAGUUCUGUAGUGAAUUCCAUCCAAGUUCUUGCCUCAAAGGCCGCCAUCUUGGAAACUGCUCCCAAGGAGGUGCCUAUGGUAGUUGUGCCCCCAGUGGGUGCCAAGGCCAGUACUCUAUCCACUGGUGCUACACAGGGCAAAAAGGCAGAGGGGGCCCAGAACCAGGGCAAAAAGGCAGAGGGAACCCUGAACCAAAGCAAAAAGGCAGAGGGAACCCCCAACCAGAGCAAAAAAGCAGAGGGGGGCCCUAACCAGGGCAAAAAGGCAGAGGGGGCCCAAAAUCAGGGCAAAAAGGUAGAAGUGGUCCCGAACCAGGGCAAAAAGGCAGAGGGUACCCCCAACCAGAGCAAAAAGGCAGAGGGAACCCUGAACCAGGGCAAAAAGACAGAGGGGGCUCAGAAUCAGGGCAAAAAGGCAGAAGGGGUCCCUAACCAGGGCAAAAAGGCAGAGGGGUCCCAGAAUCAGGGCAAAAAGGCAGAGGGGGUCCCUAACCAGGGCAAAAAAGCAGAGGGGGUCCCCAACCAGGGCAAAAAAGCAGAGGGGGUCCCCAACCAGGGCAAAAAAGUAGAGGUGGCCCAGAAUCAGGGUAAAAAAGCAGAGGGGGCCCUCAACCAGGGCAAAAAGGCAGAGGUGGCCCAGAACCAGGGCAAAAAGGCAGAGGGGAGCCCCAAUCAGGGCAAAAAGGUAGAAGUGGUUCAGAAUCAGAGCAGAAAGGUGGAAGGAACCCCCAACCAAGGCAAAAAGGCAGAGGGGGCCCAGAACCAGGGCAAAAAGGCAGAGGGGGCCCCCAACCAGGGCAAAAAGGCAGAGGGGGCCCCCAACCAGGGCAAAAAGGCAGAGGGGGCCCCCAGCCAGGGCAAAAAGGCAGAGGGGGUCCCCAGCCAGGGCAAAAAGGCAGAGGGGGCUCAGAAUCAGGGUAAAAAAGCAGAGGGGGCUCAGAAUCAGGGCAAAAAGGCUGAGGGGCCCCAGAAUCAGAGCAGAAAGGCAGAUUCGGUUGCUAAUCAGGCCACAAAGGUGGAGGGUGUUGCAAACCAGGGGAAAAAAGCAGAGGGGGCCCCCAAUCAAGGGAAAAAGGCAGAAGGAGCCCCAAACCAGGGCAGAAAGGCAGACGGGUCCCAGAACCAGGUCAAAAAGGCGGAUGCCUCUUCCAAUCAGGGUAAAAAGGCAGAGUCAGCUCCUAUCCAGGGCAAAAAUGCAGAUAUGGUCAAGAGCCAGGAGGCACCAAAGCAAGAGGCUCCUGCUAAAAAGAAGUCUGGUUCAAAGAAGAAAGGUGAGCCUGGGCCCCCGGACUCGGACAGCCCUCUCUACCUCCCCUACAAGACGCUGGUCUCCACAGUUGGCAGCAUGGUGUUCAGUGAGGGCGAGGCCCAGCGGCUCAUUGAGAUUCUAUCUGAGAAGACUGGUGUCAUUCAGGACACCUGGCAUAAGGCCACUCAGAAGGGUGACCCUGUGGCGAUUCUGAAGCGCCAGCUGGAAGAGAAAGAAAAGCUGCUGGCCACAGAGCAGGAAGACGCGGCUGUCGCCAAGAGCAAACUGAGGGAGCUCAAUAAGGAGCUGACAGCAGAAAAGGCCAAGGCUGCAGCUGGGGAGGCGAAGGUGAAAAAGCAGCUGGUGGCCCGGGAGCAGGAGAUCACGGCCGUGCAGGCCCGAAUGCAGGCCAGCUACCGGGAGCACGUGAAGGAGGUGCAACAGCUGCAGGGCAAGAUCCGGACUCUUCAGGAGCAGCUGGAGAAUGGCCCCAACACACAGCUGGCCCGUCUGCAGCAGGAGAACUCCAUCCUGAGGGAUGCCUUGAACCAAGCUACGAGCCAGGUGGAGAGCAAGCAGAAUGCGGAGCUGGCCAAGCUCCGGCAGGAGCUCAGCAAGGUCAGCAAGGAGCUGGUGGAGAAGUCAGACGCCUCACGGCAGGAGGAGCAGCAGCGGAAGGCUCUGGAGGCCAAGGCAGCCGCCUUCGAGAAACAGAUCCUGCAGCUGCAGGUGUCUCACAAGGAGAAUGAGGAGGCCUUACAGAAACGUCUGGACGAGGUCAGCCGGGAGCUCUGCCGCUCGCAGACCAGCCAUGCCAGCCUGAGGGCGGAUGCUGAGAAAGCCCAGGAGCAGCAGCAGCAGCUGGCUGAGCUGCACAGCAAAUUACAGUCCUCUGAGGCGAAGUUGAAGAGCCAGUGUGAAGAGCUGAGUGGUCUCCACGGGCAGCUCGAGGAGUCCAGGGCAGAGAACUCGCAGCUCACAGAGAGAAUCUGCUCCAUCGAGGCCCUGCUGGAGGCAGGCCAGGCCCAGGGCGCUCAGGAUACCCAGGCCAGCCAAGCAGAGGCCGACCAGCAGCAGGCGCGCCUCAAGCAGCUGGAGUCCCAGGUUCGGUGUCUGGAGAAGGAGACCACUGAGCUCAAGGAGGCGGUUGAGCAGCAGAAAGUGAAGAACAAUGACCUCCGAGAGAAGAACUGGAAGGCGAUGGAGGCACUGACCUCAGCUGAGAGAGGCUUCGAGGAGAAGCUGCACUCCCUGACCCAGGCCAAGGAGGAAUCAGAAAAGCAGCUCAGCCUGACUGAGGCACAGACCAAGGAGGCCCUGCUGGCUCUGCUCCCGGCACUUUCCGAUGGGACCCACAAGAAUUACGACGAGUGGCUCCAGGAACUGAAAAAGAAAGGCCCAGAACUGCUGAAGCAGCUGCCAGGAAACAUGGAGCCCUCCUCAGACCUGGCCUCCAAGCUAAGGGAGGCGGAGGAGACCCAGAGCACCCUGCAGGCUGAGUGUGACCAGUACCGCACCAUCCUGGCAGAGACGGAGGGCAUGCUCAGGAACCUGCAGAAGAGCGUGGAGGAGGAGGAGCAGGGCUGGAAGGCCAGAGUCAGCGCCACGGAGGAGGAGCUCCAAAAGUCACAGGUCACAGUGAAACAUCUCGAAGAGAUUAUAGAGAAGCUAAAAGGAGAACUUGAAAGCUCAGAUCAGGUGAGGGAACACACCUCGCAUUUGGAAGCAGAACUGGAGAAGCACAUGGCCGCCGCCAGCGCCGAGUGCCAGAGCUAUGCCAAAGAGGUGGCAGGGUUGAGGCAACUUUUAUUAGAAUCUCAGUCUCAGCUGGAUGCAGCCAAGAGCGAAGCCCAAAAACAGAGCAAUGAGCUCUCCCUGGUCAGGCAGCAGUUGAGUGAGAUGAAGAGCCACGUAGAGGAUGGUGAUGUAGCUGGGUCUCCGGCUGCCCCCCCAGAGGUCCCCCCAGCAGAGCAGGACCCUGUCGAGGUUAGGGCGCUGAAAACGCAGUUGGAGCAGACGGAAGCCAUCCUGGAGGACGAGCAGAUGCAGCGGCAGAAGCUCACGGCUGAGUUUGAGGAGGCUCAGAAUGCGGCAUGUCGGCUACAGGAGGAGCUGGAGAAGCUUCGCGUCAACCCCCUCGAGUCUGCAGAAGCAGGGGUGGUUGUGCAGCUUAAGGAGAGGCUAGAAAAGGAAAAGAAGUUAACGAGUGACCUGGGACGUGCUGCCACCAGAUUACAGGAGCUUUUGAAGAAGACCCAGGAGCAGCUGGCAAAGGAGAAAGACACAGUGAAGAAGUUGCAGGAGCAGCUGGACAAAACGGAAGACAGUAGCAGCUCAAAGGAGGGCACGUCUGUCUGAGUCUUCUCUGCGAAAAAAGAAGUUACUGUUCAACCUACCAAAAUGCCUUAUACAUUCCUUACAAAUAAACAAACCAACACAGCGUAAUCCAGGCCCAACUCCAGUGGCUCUGAAAGAAGCCAUUAGAGACAAGUCUCUUAGAACCACAGAACUAGACCUUCCAGACCCCCAGUGUGUAAAAGAACCUCUGUCACAUUCGAUAAACACUAUUCCCCAAGACCAGCGCUGGACCACCGCCGAGCAGACGCCAAAGCCCUUAUCAGCUGUGUGACAGACCCUGGAGUGUGUACUGGGGAGGCCGGGACCUCUGGCUAUCUGUAUGUCAAUCAGUGCAAUUGUUUUCUUUCAGUGGGGUGGGGGCUGGGAGGCGGGCGGACCAGGUGGUGAGUCUCAAAGGCUGUGGCACAGACUGGAGGGGCCCUGCCCAGCCCAGCGAGGCCGCAGCCACUCACCCCUGGAAGAAGUUGCCAACCAGAACUGAUGUGACUUCCUGGAUGUUAAUGCCAUUAAAACCAACAUUGUCGCCCGGUA